AUGCCCAAAAGUGACACAUGGCCGGGAGGCACUGGACUGGAGGCCAUGCCCGGCACCGACAGCUCCGGCAGCUGUGACAGUGUCCUGAGCACCAAUUCAGGUUUUAGUGAUGACAGCCUGGAGUACCUCUCUGCUGAGGAGAAGGCCUGUCUCAUGUUUUUGGAAGAGACCAUUGACUCACUGGACACAGAGGACGACAGUGGACUCUCGAAUGAAGAGACUGAGCAAAAACCUCGUCCUAGAACUGUGGCAAGCAAACAGGCAGAACUGACCUCCCAUUUCAACCAAAGCCUAACCAAAAGUGAGGAGAGAGAAAUCAGCACACAUUCUGUCAAACCAAAUGUUGACAAAAAUCUACCAAGCUACCUUGUUCCUACACCCUUUGUCAUUGCAAACAGUACUCAGUCAUCUACAGCUAAACCAAGUGUUGCUCCAAAAAAGAACAAAGCCUCAAAUCUUUUAUGCAACGUUUCUGAUAAAGAAAUUAAUCCUAAAAUCCCCCAGAGUACAGCACCUCCCCCAGUCCCAUUAGAAGUCAAUGUAAUAAUUCCUCCUAAAAUACAGCAGCACUCUGGCAAAGCAGUGGACAGUUCUUUACAAAGAGGCCCUCUGUCCUAUGAUGCGCUGGUUUACUUGAGGAAAAAUGCAGCGGAAAAGAAAACACCACUAUGUCCUUCAGUGGAUCAUACUAUAGAGUCUGUUAACCAGGAUACCACUACUGGAUCUGUUCAGAGUAACAUAUCUAGAUUUGACAGAUUUCACCCUGAAUUCUCCCAGUCUAGGACCAUUCCCCCAGCAGUGCCUCUCAAACCAAAAAAGUCGACAGAUAUCUCCAAGACAAAACCUCAAACUGCUUUAGGUUCAAGUCAUUCAUUCAGUGUCAAGCGCACGCCAAAUCCGGAAAUUGUGCGACAGGAAGCUUUGCAGAAACUGGGCCUCAUCAAAGAGUCGAAUGAAGCAUCAUUGCCUACAUCAACACCAAAAGUUCAAGAUGGUCCGGACUCAGCGACUAGCGAAUUUGUCACAUCUCCAGCUAAAAACAACUCAAUGAGGAGCCCGUCAUUUUGUGUCACUCGUUUACCAUCAGAGCCCAAGAGCAAGGGUCUACAGAGCAGUGCCAGCUUCCAUAACUCAUCCCGACCUGACCAGGCCUCUGGAACACAUAAUCAAACCAAUAGACUGAAAAAUGGUCCACAAAACAACUACAGGAAUGAACCACACCAUCUUGUCCCAUCUGAGCCAGCAAAAGGACUUAAUGCUGCCCAGUCUGCAGCUCCUAAAACCCCCAGCGCAGUGGGCUACACUGUCAUGGUGGUCCCCGGGAUGGGUGCAGACAGGAGGGAGGCACUGAGGAAACUGGGGCUGCUCAAAGACUGA